GCAUAAAAAAAUGUUGUCUGCUGUCCCAUCAGAAAUGUGUUAUUGACCUUUAAGAAGCUUUAUCCACUUCUUGUGCAAAAUUAGUGCCUACUAUAAAUAGCCAUUCAUUGCUAAUUACAAUAGGCAAUUUUACAAAAGUGUAUAAUAAUAGGCUAACUUUACAAGAAAUUGUGGAAAAUGGGAAUAAUUGAGAAUCACGUAACAAACAUUUAGACAUUUCAUUCAUCUAUUAGAACCUUUCUGUCAUUUUGCUUGUUUGGCUGUUUCCUUUUUAUAUAUGUCAUUACAUUGCUGUCUUGCCGCAAGCCGACCGCUGCAUUGCUGAUCAUGGUUUCGAGUAUCGAUAUAUCUGCCCUUUCCAAUGAACACAAGAACACGCCCUAAUAUCAGACAGGGGCGGCGCUAGGGGUGGGCUAAGGGGGCUGGCCCAAAAGCCCCGAAUCUUUCAGGUUUGAGGUUUCUUAACAGUGCUGUCAAAAUAUAAUUUUUCUAAACAUAUCUCUCUAUUAAAAUAUGUUAAACAGUUCAAUACCGCUUUUCUACAGUAUCCAUACACCGUUACCGGCAGCGCUUUCUCUCUCUUCUCUCCGACAGCGAGUACACGCACACCGCAGUUGUACACAGACACGACCCCUAUCACUCACUCAGAGCAGCGGCAGGCCUCGAGACUCUCUUUCGGUCCGGUUGAAGGGUUUUUGUUAUGAUAUAACAGCUGAUAUGACAACUUUAGCACAUUUGUCAGCUAAACAUUCAUUCAGUGUUUCCCAUUAAUGACCCUGUGCCGCCGCACCGUUUCAUAAUGAAAUGAAAAUUUAAAACAUACAUAGCCUAAAUGGUCUCUACGUUGUAUUUUGCCAACGAACUAAAAUCGAAACCGUAAUAUGGCUUUGCGCCUUUAUAAAACAGCAAAAUACAGUGCUUAAGUAUAUAUAUACAGUCUGUUUGUGCUGCGUGUUUUAAAUAGAAGUGUGCACUUUGCUCACGCGAUCAGCUGGUGAUCAAAAUAAAAGCUCAAGGAUUUAUCUUAGAAAUUAGUACAAAAGUAUUGUAAUUUCCAUAUACUAUUGUGUAAAGUAACUAAUAAAAAAUGUCAUUUUAGAGUGUAUUUGUUACAAUAUAUGGAUAUUACCGUCAUAUGAAUAAUUAUAUAGGCCUAAAACAUUAUUAUAUUAUUAUUUUAUUGUAAUAAUUGUUUGGCAUCCUAAAAUACAAUGUAGACUGAGACUCUAUAUGACAACUAAAAAGAUGUUUGAACGCUCUUUCAUGUCCAGGUACAAUGCUGUUUCUUUGGUCAAUUUGCACACUGUACAUGGAUUGAAGCUCUUAAUUUUGAGCUUCCAAAGUGCACCAGAUUGAUGCAUUUAACCUUAAAAUUUACAACAUUUUCUUAAAGGUGGUACACCCAACAUAGUUUUACAAAUUCCAGUGGGAAAUAAUGUACAUUUUAUGAACUUUACUCAAGAAUACUAAAACAAAGCUCCUUUCAUGUCAGUAAAGCUGUAAACAGAAAAUUAAAAUAGAUUUGGGCUAAGCCCCGAAUGUUUACAAUGUCUGGCUCCGCCCCUGAUAUCAGACAUCUUAAUCCACAUAUUUAAUCAAAUCUGCACAUUCGUUAGACAUUAGCCAGAGAUUAAUUAUCGCGCUUAGAUCAUCUGUCAACUCAUCUCAGAUGUAUUAAUCGAGGUACGGACCCCAGACGAACGGACCCCAGAGGUGACAAGUCAGACAGGUCUGCAGUCAGAGCAGCUGCGAUCUAAAUUGUUUAACCCGACAAACGCCACGUCACAGUUCUUUGCUGGGUGCGAAAAUAACCCGGAAGUGCAGUCGCCGAGCGUUUGUUUGUAAACAGUUACUUAAUUUAUAGAGAAAAUAAUAAUACAAUUAACGUACACCCAGCGCUACAUUAGCAUUGAGUUGCAUGUGCUUGGUUUCUAUGCGUCUUCCGGAAGUGAAAGUGCAGACUGUCUGUGGUGAGUUGGUUGCUAUGCGACGUGUCCCGGAAGUGAAUGUGUGUGUUGUAGUGUGUUGAAUCAUGGCUGCUACAACAGUCAAAAAUGAUAGUCGUCACAAAAGGCAAAAAUGCAGCGAAAAGCUGCCUUUACAAGACAGAGAGAUUAUUAAACCCUCCAUAACAGAGCUCACCAAAGAAGUGCGGACCAACAUCCUCUGUACGGUGGAAGGAUGUGGGAAGAUUCUUCCUAACACACCAGCACUCAACAUGCAUCUAGUCAAGUCCCACAGAGUCAAGGAGGGUCUGGUCAACCCUACAGUUAGAAAGGACGUUAAGGAUUCACAAAAGCUCUACUGUUGCCCAAUAGAAGGCUGCCCAAGAGGACCCAACAGGCCCUUUUCUCAAUUUUCGCUUGUUAAACAGCAAGAAAUAAACAUGGAUGAACAUCAGAAGCACUUUAUGAAGAUGCAUGCAGAAAAGAAGCACAAGUGUUUGAAGUGCAGUAAUGGCUACAGCACUGAGUGGGACCUGCGGAGACAUGCUGAGGAUUGUGGGAGGACAUACAGCUGUACUUGUGGUUGUCCUUACGCCAGUAGAGCAGCACUGUUGUCUCAUAUCUACAGAACAGGACACGAGGUUCCCAAGGAGCACAGGUAUCCACCAGUGAAAAAGAGGAAGAUGGAAAGAUUGUCAAGCAGUGCAACAAAUCUUAUGCCUGAUGAACAAAUAAAUGAAAUUCCAGACUCUAAGAAAAAGCUCACUGAAGGAGCAAUCUCUACCAUACUAGUCUCUGAAGCCCCAGACAGUGCACAAAACAACACUGACCACCCUAGAAACAUCCAAAAGCUCCUUCUCCCAAAGCCCAAAGUGGCCCUAGUCAAUGUUCCUGUUAUGCAGUUCACCCACCUGCCUGUUCUCCUCCCCUCUGCAGAAAGUAGUGCCUUGAGGUUGUUGCUCUUGUCUGUGGAUGCACAAGGGUCCGUAAACACUGUGCAUAUUUUGUCACCGUCGGUCGGCACAGUCGUGCCUGAUUUGAACAAUAAGACUUUCAAAGAGACCUUUCCUGUACCAACAUCAGGCCCAGAAACUAUUAGCACAGGAGUACAGGUCAAUCUUGAGAGUCAAGUCUCUAUGGGAUAUCCAAUGAUUGAUCUUGGACCCAAAAACAAAAGCACUUCAACAAACAUUCAAACUGACAUAUCAUACCUCAACAAAGGGAUAGAUGCUGGACCAGCAACUGUUUCCCCUUGCUGUGAGGCCUCAGUGUCCUCUUGCUCUCAGACAGACAUCAGUGUAAGCGCUCAGAUUCAGCUGCCUGUUAGUGUGCAAACCCAGACGCUACCCUCACGAAUCAAAGCCACUUUAUCCAUUGGGGCACAGACGGAUGUUUUCAGUUUCUCGUCCUUUAACGUGACCCGAGAAACACAAACGAGCUGUUCUGCAGCCCCGGUGCAUGAAAGCCAGAUGGACCAAGAAAUGUGCACAAAUCUUUUUGAUACUGAUACACUCAGUGUCUCCACUCAGACCGCAACGGCUGAUGCGCCUUUCAGAACCAGUGGUUUAGAAGAUCCUCUGACCAGCGCUGGAGCUGGGCUUUUUGAGGACAAGACUGUUGCAUCCAUGUGUUUUGGGGCCCAGACUGACGUUUUGCAACAAAACACAGUUGCAGACAACCAGACUCAGACCAUGAUACUCUUCCGUGACCUUGAGAAUAUACUUUCUGACACCAUAACUGGAGCAGCUUCAAGCUGUGCUUCAGGUUUAGUUGCUGCGCAUGAACCGCAUCACACUGGUAUUGACUUUGACUUUGAGGAGUUCCUUAAUGCAACACACAUUCAGACACAGACAGAGGAAAGUGGCUUGAACAGUCUGAACACAGAGACAACUUUGGAACUCCUGGACAUUGAGACACAGACUGACUUCCUGCUCUUUGACAACCUUGGUAAUGGGCACAACAGUGAGGUUGGAACAAGGGUGCAACCAAAUGAUUUGGAGCUUGAGAUGUUUGACACCCAGACCCAGACAGACCUCAACUUCCUGCUAGACACGAGUGGGCACAUGCCCCUUGGCAGUAUUCUCAGACAGUCUAGUUUCAGCAUGAGCACGGAGUCCUCGGACACAGAAACACAGACUGACAUCAGGCCUGCUCCGCUUUCUCUGCCUUGCUCCCAUGAUGGGCAGGUGAGGCUCAGCAGUGCUGAAACUCAGACCAUCUCCAGUUCCUUUCACAGCCUUGGCCACCUCUUCCACACUAGCAAUGAGACCCAGACAGCAGUGGAUGACUUUCUUUCAGCAGACUUGGCCUGGAACAUGGAGUCUCACUUUAGCUCGGUGGAAACCCAAACGUGUGAGGAGCUCAUCUCACUAUUUCGACACAAUGAGAAAGCCAAAAGCUGAAGGCUCAAUUGAAGGUGAUUUGAUUGAUUAACGAAGGAGUCAUUCCUGCUUUCUUUCCUCAGCAAGGGUGGCAGAACUCACAAUCCCUCACAAUCAUCUAGAGCUCAGUCUGUCAGAUAUUUGUACGCAUACUUGUAGAAUCUUAUUUUUGACAUAAUUCCACAAUAAGGUAUUUGCAUAUCUGCCCAAAUCUAAGGAUGUAUGAAUAUACCUUUGCAGCACUUUAUUACCUCAUUAUUAAUGUUCAAAAUAUAUCGGUAGUCCUAAAAGUAUUUUGUUGUUGCAGUAGAUCAGGUCAGAGCCAUCCGUGGGGAUGUGUACUAAGUUGGUACUGAUGUUAAUUUUUUUUGUGUGUAAAACAAGUCAAGAAAUCAGACAGAAAUGAUAAACAUUCCUUCUACACAUAAAAUGUCUUUUCUCGUAGGUAUACUUUCUAGUCUGAUGUCAAAAUGACUUGAGUCUUAUUAUCUUUAUACAUUUUUUUUUUUUUAAACCUUCAGCUGUUUGUUUGCUUUGUGGUAUAUAACAGACUUAUGUUACAUUUAUUUGUGCAAUGCUCUAGACCCAUCUACUAGUCACUGUGAGUAAAUUUUGGUCUUGAUUCAUUACAGAAUUCAUGCCAAUAUUUCUUGCUGACUGUUACGGCAUAUUCAUUUUAAUCUUUACAUCCUAAAUCAGAUGAAUUUGCAUCUUAUGCAUGUUUCAGAUGUCACAUUUCCUUAAAAAGAGGAGCUGGCAUUGCUCUUGUUUACUGUGAUUUGCAUUCUGUACUGUGAGUAGAUUCAAAUAAGCAAAUCGCAAAAGUUUACAGUAAAACAAAACCUUUAAUAUUUCUUUAAAAGCAUGUAUCAAUUUUGAUGGAAUAUGUUCAUCCCUCUUCAUGAUUUCAAAUACGAGUUUAAACUUGCCGUAUAAACCUUUUUGUUGAUGCCUUAAUUUAAGUGUUCAUAUGCUUUUGAUAGAGAUACUGAAAUCACAGUGCUGCUUAAUGGAGAAGCAAAAUUGCUACAUUUUCUUCAUUUUGUUACAGAUUUGUUUGUGUAUAUUUAUUUGAUUUUGUUCUUUUGAAUGUUUCAUCUCUGUGUGGUGUAAAAUCACCAGUUCAUUCGCUAUUUCUUGGCCUUACUACAUUGAAAGCCAACCAUAGCUUUAUUUUCAUUGUGUGUGUGUGUGUGUGUGUGUGUGUGUACAAAACACACACACAUACACACUUAAUGUACUUAAUGUAUAUAGUGGAAAUUCCACAAGUAGAAUGUGACGCAGUGUCUGUUCCCUUUAUGAUGUUACAUUGGCUGCUUAUCAACAUUGUAACUGCAAAAGAGCUUUAGUAUUUUCAUGUCAAGCAUUAGAGACUCAUAUUCAGCCACUACAUUAAUUAAAAUGUUAUUUAGAUCUUGGAAUAAAUACUGCAAAUGAAUAUGUGUUCAUUUUGUUUAGGCAAUGAUGAUGUCAUAGUAAAAACUUGCUAUAGAAAACUUGAAAGAGUCAGCUAAGCUUGUGUUUUUCUGUAAAGAGUGCAUGCAUUUCUUUUGUGCCAAGAAUAACUUUUGUGUUGCAUUUAGUUUUUUUUUUUUUGGUCAUUAUCAAGCUAUGUGUCUAAUUUAACUUAGUACAAGAUGUUAUUUAUAAUUAUGUAUAUUAAUAAUGAUAUAGUUCUGAUUAUUUUUGCUCUUUGGAGGCCGGUCAUGUGUAUUUUAUGGCUAUGUUCUGUUGUUUAGACUAUGCUGAUGCACAUGAAACUGCAAAAUAAAUAGCAGAGAAGAAUGUUUUGGCCAUUAAUCGAA